AACACCAUUUACCGAGGUUCUUCUUCUUCCUUAUCUUCUUCGCUGAGCUGAUUACUCUGUAAUCUGUUGGUUUUGUUGGAGAUUCAAAGGCGCAAACAGAGAUAAAGGAGAAGACUUUAGAGCUAUUCAAGUUAAUAGCAGUCAGCAUUCGUUGAAAAAUGGAGAAGCUCUUCGUACCAUCAUCAUUUCCCAAAACUUGUUUGAAUUAUCAUCAGAUUCCACCCAAAGUUGAGAAUUCGCCAGACGUUCAUCCAAAAUCCCGUAAGAAAAAUCUAUCUUUCAUCAAGAAGAAAGAACCCAAUAUCAUCAUCCCCGACGAGCAGUUGGAUUACCUCUGUAGAAACGGGAGCCUCCUCGAAGCUGAGAAAGCUCUCGACUCGUUGUUUCAACAAGGGUCCAAGGUAAAGCGAAGCACUUACCUCAACUUGUUGGAAUCGUGCAUUGAUUCUGGUUCUAUCCAUUUGGGUCGUAUCCUUCAUGCUCGUUUCGGUAUGUUUCCUGAACCUGACGUCUUUGUAGAGACGAAGCUGUUGAGCAUGUAUGCUAAAUGCGGGUGCCUUGUUGAUGCCCGUAAGGUUUUUGAUUCAAUGCGUGAGAGAAACCUUUACACAUGGUCUGCCAUGAUUGGUGCUUACUCGAGGGAGAAUCGUUGGAGAGAGGUCUCUAAGCUCUUUCGUUUGAUGAUGGAAGAUGGAGUUUUGCCUGAUGAUUUCUUGUUCCCCAAGAUAUUACAGGGAUGUGCGAAUUGUGGAGAUGUUGAGACUGGGAAGUUGAUUCAUUCGGUGGUUAUAAAACUCGGGAUGAGUUCGUGUCUUCGUGUUAGCAACUCGAUUUUAGCUGUGUAUGCGAAAUGUGGUGACUUGGAUUCCGCUGCAAAGUUUUUUAGACGCAUGAAGCAGAGAGAUGUGGUCGCUUGGAACACAGUACUGUUAGCUUACUGCCAAAACGGUAAACAUGAAGAAGCUGUAGGAUUAGUUGAAGAGAUGGAAAAAGAAGGAAUUGCGCCAGGGUUAGUUACUUGGAACAUAUUGAUUGGGGGUUAUAACCAGCUAGGGAAAUGUGAUACUGCAAUGGAUUUGAUGCAGAAGAUGGAGAGGUUUGGUUUAACCGCUGACGUGUUCACUUGGACAGCUAUGAUUUCGGGAUUGAUUCAUAAUGGGAUGAGGUUUCAGGCACUAGAUAUGUUUAGGAAGAUGUUUUUAGCAGGUGUAGUACCUAAUGGAGUCACUAUUAUGAGUGCUGUGUCUGCUUGUUCAUGUUUAAAAGUUCUAAACCUGGGCUCAGAAGUUCACUCUGUUGCUGUGAAGAUGGGUUUUAUCGAUGAUGUGCUUGUGGGAAAUUCUCUGGUUGAUAUGUAUUCGAAGUGUGGAGAACUGGAAGAUGCAAGAAAAGUUUUUGAUUCGGUAAAGAAUAAGGAUGUAUAUACUUGGAACUCGAUGAUAACGGGGUAUUGCCAAGCAGGCUAUUGUGGCAAGGCUUAUGAAUUGUUUAUAAGGAUGCAAGAUGCAAAUGUAAGACCAAAUAUUAUCACAUGGAACACUAUGAUCUCAGGAUAUAUUAAGAAUGGAGACGAGGGUGAGGCUAUGGACCUAUUUCAGAGGAUGGAAAAAGAUGGAAAAGUUCAGCGGAAUACUGCAUCAUGGAAUCUAAUUAUUGCGGGUUACAUACAAAACGGAAAAAAGGAGGAGGCCUUGGAACUUUUUCGGAAAAUGCAGUUUUCUCGCUUCAUGCCAAAUUCAGUUACAAUUCUAAGCCUCUUACCUGCUUGUGCUAAUCUUCUUGGGACCAAAAUGGUAAGAGAGAUACAUGGUUGUGUAUUGCGGAGAAAUCUAGAUGCUAUUCAUGCUGUUAAAAACGCUUUAACAGACACUUAUGCUAAGUCAGGGGAUAUAGGAUACUCAAGAACCAUCUUCAACGGUAUGGAAACGAAAGACAUCAUAACUUGGAACUCGCUGAUUGGAGGUUAUGUUUUACAUGGUAGCUAUGGUCCAGCUCUUGAUCUUUUCAAUCAAAUGAAGACACUUGGGAUCAAGCCAAAUAGGGGAACUCUUUCGAGUAUUAUCCUUGCGCAUGGUUUAAUGGGAAAUAUAGAUGAAGGGAAGAAACCUGCAUCAGUUGGCCCAUGGGGAGGCCAAAGUGGUCAUGCCUGGGAUGAUGGCAUGUACACCACGGUAAGGCAAAUAAUUAUAGGCCAUGGUUCUAGUAUAGACUCUAUACAAGUUGAGUAUGAAAAAAAUGGUUGCUCGGUUUGGUCCGAAAAACGUGGAGGAAAGGGAGGAAAGGGAGGCAAGAAGACUGAUAAUGUCAAACUUGAUUACCCACAUGAGUAUCUGAUUUCAGUUAAUGGAACCUACGGUAGCUUUGAUGCCUGGGGAAAUACAUGUGUCCGAUCGCUUAUUCUUGAGAGUAACCACAGAAAAUAUGGUCCGUUUGGUUGUGAGUCAGGUACAUUCUUUGCAUUGCCAAAGUCAGGGUCGAAGAUUAUUGGGUUCCAUGGGAAGGCUGGUUGGUAUAUAGAUGCUAUUGGUGUUCACAUUCAACCAAUUCCUAAAGAGAAUCAUCCUCCGUCGAAAAUUGUUUUGCACUCGCAUCAAAAUAUUACUCAUGGUGAUAAGAAACAUGAGUACUCAGUGAUACAAGGAAGUGUAGGGCAAAACUUCGAUAUAGUUGUUGCCCUCAGACAGAAAAAUCCAAAUUUGCCUUCUAAUGAAUCCCGAGAUCAUGCAGGUGCUGAGAUCCCCAAACAAAAGUUGGUGACAGAUACUGAGAAGCCGCAGUCAAAAGUAGUAGGUGGUGCGAAAACAUAUGGACCAUGGGGUGGGACUGGUGGUAUCAUGUUUGACGAUGGGACUUAUACCGGUAUUAGACAAAUCAAUUUGUCACGCAGUGUCGGGGUUGUGUCGAUGAAGGUCUGUUAUGAUUUUAAAGGACAGGCUGUGUGGGGAAGCAAGCAUGGUGGCACGGGAGGAUUCAGACAUGAUAAGAUUGUAUUUGAUUACCCAUCAGAGGUUUUAACACAUGUAACGGGAACAUAUGGACCGUUGGUAUAUCUGGGACCUAAUGUGAUAAAGUCACUGACCUUCCGCACUAACAAAGGCAAGCAUGGACCUUUUGGAGAAGAACAUGGACCAACUUUUACACAUAAAAUCGACGAGGGUAAAGUUGUUGGAUUCCUUGGAAGAGAGGGUUUGUUUCUUGAUGCCAUUGGUGUUCAUGUUAUGGAAUGCAAAAUAAGUUCCCUUAAGCCAUCAUCUCCUCAGCAUGCAAUUGUUCCUUUUAAAAACUCUGGCACUGCGGAAAUCGAAAAUUCCCCAUGGGCUAAUAAGCUUGUCCUUGCAGCAAACGGCCAUGGCGAAGAGGUUGAGCGUGGAGUCGUCAAAGAACCAACACCGAGCGGGCCUGGACCAUGGGGAGGCGACGGAGGUCAAUCGUGGGACGAUGGAGUAUAUUCAGGGAUCAAGCAGAUAUUUGUCACGAGAGGAAAUGAUGCUAUCUCUUCAAUACAAAUCGAGUACGAUAGAAAUGGACAAUCUGUGUGGUCUACUAAACAUGGUGGUAACAAUGGAGUCGCCACACACAGGAUUAAACUUGAGUAUCCAAAUGAGACGCUCACCUGCAUUUCAGGGUUUUACGGACCACUGAACAAUUCAGACAGAUCAAAUGUUGUCAAGUCACUGAGUUUCUUCACAAGCCGUGGGAAGUAUGGUCCAUACGGUGAAGAAUGCGGGACGUUUUUCACUUCGACUACAACACACGGAAAGGUGUUGGGGUUCCAUGGAAGGUGUGGCUGUAACUUGGACGCCAUCGGAGUUCAUAUGCAGCAUUGGCUCGGCAAUAAGUCGUCGUACGUUAGCAGGGCUAGCUGUUUCAAGCUCUUCUGAUAAUCUUCUCUGCGCAGAACAAAAACUCAUCUAGCGUCUUCCACCAGCGCUUACAGUUUAUCAAUCAAGAGUUAUAAAAUCAUAAACAUGCUUCUUUUGAUGCUUUGAAUUUCCUUUCCAGUUAAUAAUACUUGUUUCUAUAAACAGAAUAACUACGAAAAAUCUAUGGAAACAAGAACAGAGUGUACUGUAAUAUAAACUUUAUGUUUAAUGAUCUGAAUUUGUUGUUCGCGAGUGAA